GGUGCGGGCCGAGCCGGGCGCGGCGGCCCCAAUGCCGCCCGGCGGGCCGGGGCCAGCCCCGGGGGCGCCCCCCGGUGACAACCCCCGGAGCCCCCGCCGCGUUCCCCCGAGCCGUGCCCGCAGGAGGAGGAUCGCCCUGAGCCUCCCUGCAGGCAGGUGAUCCGCCUGCAAUUCCUGGUUCCCCUUCUUCCCACCUCCCUGCCUUUCUUCCCCCCCCCCACCCCGGCUGGACAACUCCCUCCUGAGGAGAACACGCCCAAGUAGCUGAAAAAGAGAGAAAGAGAGGAAAAAAAAAGGGGGUGGGAAAGAAGAGAGAAGAGAGGGAGACAAUUCCCACUGAAGGUGGGGACGCGGCCGGCACUCGCAGGACCCCGCAGCCCGUCCCGCACACGGCGCUCCUGUGCCAGCAGCGCAGCCGGCGCGGGGCUCGCAGCGCGGGGAGCCCCGGCGGGGCCAUGGUGAGAGGCGGCGGGGGCUCGGCGAGGAGCGGCGGGAGCUGCGGGGCGCGGCGGGGGCUGCCCCGCUCGGCCGGGCGGCCGUGACCGCGGCACCACCAGCGACGGACCGGCACGGCACGGAGCGGCACGGAACGGAGCGGCACGGAGCGGCACGGAACGGCCCCGAGCGCGCCGGGCAUCGUUUCGCGUGUUGGUCUGAGCCACGGCAAGCAAGGAAUAUGAACAGGAAAACAAGGCGCUGGAUCUUCCACAUCUUCCUGAGCCUGGGGAUUGUGUAUAUCAAGAUCGGGGGUUUUUCCUCGGUGGUGGCCCUGGGAGCGAGCAUCAUCUGCAACAAGAUCCCGGGGCUCGCCCCCCGGCAGCGGGCGAUCUGCCAGAGCAGGCCCGACGCGAUCAUCGUCAUCGGGGAGGGGUCCCAGAUGGGCAUCAACGAGUGCCAGUUCCAGUUCCGCAACGGGCGCUGGAACUGCUCUGCCCUGGGAGAGAGGACCGUCUUCGGGAAGGAGCUCAAAGUGGGGAGCAGAGAGGCCGCGUUCACCUACGCCAUCAUCGCGGCCGGGGUGGCACACGCCAUCACCGCCGCCUGCACGCAGGGCAACCUGAGCGACUGUGGUUGUGACAAGGAGAAACAGGGACAGUACCACAAGGAGGAAGGCUGGAAAUGGGGAGGCUGCUCCGCUGACAUCCGAUACGGGAUCGGAUUCGCCAAGGUCUUUGUGGACGCCCGGGAGAUCAAACAGAACGCGAGGACGCUCAUGAACCUGCACAACAACGAGGCCGGGAGGAAGAUUCUGGAAGAAAACAUGAAGUUAGAGUGCAAGUGCCACGGGGUCUCUGGAUCCUGUACCACUAAAACAUGCUGGACAACCCUGCCCAAAUUCCGGGAGCUGGGCUACAUCCUGAAGGACAAGUACAACGAGGCCGUUCAGGUGGAGCCCGUGCGGGCGAGCCGCAACAAGCGCCCCACCUUCCUCAAAAUCAAGAAGCCCCUUUCCUACCGCAAACCCAUGGAUACAGACUUGGUGUACAUAGAGAAAUCCCCCAACUAUUGCGAAGAGGACCCCGUCACGGGCAGCGUGGGCACGCAGGGCAGGAUGUGCAACAAGACGGCCCAGCAGUCCAACGGCUGCGACCUGAUGUGCUGCGGCCGGGGGUACAACACCCACCAGUACUCGCGGGUGUGGCAGUGCAACUGCAAGUUCCACUGGUGCUGCUACGUCAAGUGCAACACGUGCAGCGAGAGAACAGAGGUCUAUACCUGUAAGUGAGCACGUGGGCACGGCCUGGCCGCACGGAUACCUUUGCACAUGCACCCGACGUACCUGCACGAGGCUGCAGGGAGGACCUGCUCGCCCGGAGGAGACGCUGACGGACGGAGCCCCCUCUUCUCUUCCCGCGUUCCGCUGCUUGUGUGGAGACACAUUUCAGACUCGUAAAGUCAGCCAAGAAAGGAAAAACAAACAAGCCCCGCCCUGAGCCACCUGACACACAGAAGAGAGAGUAAAAGAUGAUCUCGGUUAACCUGCACCUCCAAAGGAAGAAGCACUGACUGCCUCGUGCCGACGCACCAGUCGGGGAGAAACCUCUGAGGGUGGCAACUGACUCCUGGUUUGGAAAAGAGGUGGUCAAAUGUAAGGAGCAGGGAGGGAAAGGGGAGAAAUCCCCCCCUCAAAGGGCUGUGCACAGGAUGGGAUGGACAGAGCCCCACUGUGAAAGGCCCAUGUGAGUGUGUGGAUGACACAGGUUUUGGCUUCUACACUCGUGAAAAGCUUCUGCUGGUCUUGCUGAUCUUUCCACUUCAUCCCCCUUGCCACAGCGAGUAGAACUGUUGAAGGUUUCUGUAGACACUGCUUUACCUGCCUUUUUUCGUGUGUGUGUGUGUGUGUGUGCUGCAGAUUUUAGCACAGGGAUUUGGGACACUCGGGCAUAAUAAUAGCAAUAUUUAACAAUUUAUUCAGAUAAAACUAAUAUUAAUUUAUUUAAUUAAAAAAGAACUCUACCAACCUUUGGGGAACUAUUCUGCAAUUAAAGUAGGUAGCUGGCUUUCUUUGUGGAAUAAUUUUGUAGGAACAGCAAGGAAAGAACUGGAGCUGUACAUAUUAUUCUUGACUAGGAUAUUUCUAUUAGUUGGACUUGCAGGAUAUGUUCUACUGUACUAGAUGUUUAAGUACAAAAGCUGGCGUCUUUAUAUAUAUGUACAUACACAAACACUGUUGUUUUGGGGUUUGUUUGUUUGUUUGUUUGUUUUCUCCUGUUUGCUGCUAGUUGUCUGGAACAAAAGUUGAGUGGUAGGGGUUACAAAUCUUUACCAGGUUUUGUGGUUUUUGUUUUGUUUUUUGUUUUGUUUUGUUUUUUUUUUCCUUCGAUUAAAGAAAGAAGCAUUAAUAAAAUCCUGUUUGGAAUAUGUCUAAAAAUAAGAAAAUCCAGACAAACUUCCAUCUUUUGGAAAAAAUCAAGCAUAGGAUAAGAGAGUAUAUUUUGUAAGAGACUAUUUUUAUAUAAAUAUUUUAUUUAUACUACGUCUGCUUGUUCAACCUGUACUUUUUCUCAAAACAGGCAUACAAUUUGUAAUUCUUAGGCUAUUUAACAGAGAAAGGGUAAUUAGUUUGUGAACACAGCAGCAGCAAGCUGGAUACAUUCAGCUGCAGUUGGUGGAUGUGUCAGAAAGCAGAAUGAACUUUCUCUCCGGAUGUGUGUACAAACCGGCUCUUUUCCUGCAGCUCAAUUUGCAGAAUAUGCAAAACAAGAACAGGGUCUGUAGCAUCAAUUUUGUCACAUGGCUUGAAUUCAUGAUUGGUAUUAGCUGGAUGCUCAUUUAUCCCAUUCAAGAAAAAAAAAAAAAAAAAAAGCGAAUUAGCUUCCCACAUGCGUCAGUCAUUAAACUGUGGCGUUAUGACUCGCAAAUGUGCUGUGUGUGCUGUCAGUUAAACCUCUAUAUUGUGCUACUGUCAAAUUGCAUUUUAAUCAGUGGGAGACUGUAGACUAUGACUGUAAAAACUAGCAUGACACACACCGUCUGAUUCUCAUAGAUAGGAUACAAAGCUUACUUUUUGUCCAACUCUUUUUUGGCAUUUACAUUAUUCUUUCCCUCUCCUCCCCCCCCCCACCAGCAAAAAGGUCAGAGCUGGGAAAUCCAGAAAAACAUCCAGGCAAGUUUAAAGAGGCAAAUUUAAAGACUACUUGUUUUUCAGGGCUAUUUUGUUUUCCCUUGAUGGUGUUUCCUUUUUAUCACUGCUAAUUUCUUCAGACAUUUGAGUGGUAAAUAUUUCUCUGUGUUUUUAGAGUCAUUAUGUUCUUACUGCUUUACUCAUUUGUGACCCAUAAAAAAAAAAGAGAAAUCUAAUUUUAAUGCUGUUUUUCACUGGUUAAUAAACAUGGCCCAGAGUUACUGAUGAUAUUGCAAAUUGUCUGGGACACACCAGAUUCUUUCCUACUUCCAGACCACAGGAUCUCCCCCCUUUAAUGAGGCUCAGAGAAGCAUCGGUAAAGAAAACAUUUCACUGACUCCUGUUGAGAGCUGCAAACAUUACAAGGAGUAGAUGACACAGGUUCAUCUUGUGCCAAUUGAUAGUUCUGGGGCAAAACUCCCACCUAAGACUGUGAAAACAAAGCACUGAGAAGGGAAGCAGAAGAAUCACUAAAAAAAAAAAAUAAUCAAAAGAUUGUUGCAGUUUCACAACCUGACCUUUUAGGGCUCAUCUGAAUGGUGUUUUAACUCACUCCUUGGAUAUAUAUUAUUUAUGUAAGAUCACAAGCCCAUGCAGUACCUAAUCCUAGCACUGUAUAAUCGGGUUAAUGCACAAUUUCUUUGCAGACCUGCCACUUGACACAAAAUAGAAGGUUCAUUCACUUCAGACAUCAGAAUGGCAUAUCAAAAUAAAGCUAUUAACACAACUGCAUUUCAAACUGUCAAUAUAAAAGCAAAAAUUUCAUUGGUCAUUUGGUCACUGCACUGAGAGUUCUCCUAAAUUCCAAGUUAUAAACUUCAAGAUAUAAAAUGAAACCCCAUACCAUAGAUAUGUUCAUUACAACACUAUGUUAUGGUGAAAUAAUUCAGAUCUAAUAUUGGAAUUUCCCCCCCGGUUUGUAUUGGGUUUUGGCUUAGUGGAUACCAUAUCAUAGUCAAAAGUGUGCUUUCUUCACUUAUUAGAGUUAUUUUACAGAUUAUUACCUUUGCAGCAUGUUUUUACCCUAGGAGAGUAAUCUGUAAAACUCCUGCUUCCUGUAUAUUUCUGUAUGCAGUGAUGUGCCAUGUACAGUUGGCAGAACAAUUACUGAAGGACAAAUACCUUUAAACAGUUUGACUCACAAUAAUAAAAGACUGGAUGCACAAUGCAUUGGAUUUGGUACACAUCUUCCCUAUAUUUUACAAUAUUGCUGAUGAGAAAAUGGAGAGAAAAUUAGGGAAAAUGUCACUUUGUUUGUUAGCUGGAGUAACAGGUUGGGAACUAUGAACUAAAGUGCAAGGAAAAGCAAAUGCUGCAUUCAACCAGAAAGUAUUUGGAAAUUCGGCUGUGUCAUCUCUGACAGGAGAAAUCUGGCCUCUGAGAAUGUGCCAUCGGGCUGGAGUUAAUUGGUCCUUCGCUAAAUGGGCUUGAAUGGCACGAAGAAUAAACAGGAGAAGGAGAAAGAUUUACAGGUUUGUAGAUAUUCCUCCCUCCCCCUCCGACAACAGUUUGUUCUUUGUGCUCAGGGAUAGAAGAGCUCUGUUUUUCCUUGGUGGAGAAGCAGACAAUGGCAGUGAAAUGCACACAACUGCACACCAGUGCGGCUCCCAAAGGAAAAUGCAUCUUUUGAUGUGUGCCAGCCAGGAUUGCUGGGCACAGGAACACCCUCGCUGAGGCCUGGAAAGAGAAAACACGUCCAAGGAGCAGGAGGAGCGAGAGGAGCGGGAAACGCAGGAGAAAAAAAACGCAGCUGCAAGUUGGGAAGUUACUGAUGAUGAAAUCUUUGAGAGUGGAACCCCAGUUUAUGGAAAUGGAGCAGCUCUGCCUUGGGAUUCCUGAGCAAGUUUUAAGGAUUUUACCUCCUGGCCCUUUUAAAAAGGACAACUAAUCUGAGUGCAGUGAGCUGGGUAUAGAAGCACUUCAUAAACCAUGAAUUGGUCAAUGAUUAAGUUUUCUUUGCCGUGUAUGCACAAAGGUAAUGGAGAUACGUCUUUCAACAGUGAUAAUUAAACUGAAAACAUCCUUAAAAUGUA